UUCCUUUUUUUUUUUAAUGAACACAUAUCGCAUGGCACAAGCAAAAGGGUGCGGCGAUCGUACCUCGUAUUAAAUGAGAAUUUAACCGUCGGAUGCUGAGGAGGGGGAUGAGUUUGGGAUGGUGGGGGCUAAGAUAAUCUGCCUCACAAAUAGAUUUCGAUGGGAGGAGUUUCAUGCCUCCGGUACGGAGGGUGGAGAGAGGGUAUAGGUGGAGUCCUGCGGCACACCUUCCUUCGGCGUCUUUUUCCACGUGGAGCCUCACAGGGCCGGCGUGCACAAGGACGCGGAGAAGCCCGGGUCCACCCGCCCCACUUUUGCCCCUCUCCUCCUCAUCUCCCUCCACUUCCAAGCCGGGGACUUGUCUUGAUAUGGGAUACGGUGGCAUGGAUGCGAGGGUCUCGCUGAUCUCACUCCCCUGAACAGCCGACGGCCUCAACGUUUGCCCCGACCGCUCCUGACGGUCGAAGAUGUCUCGUUUGGAGAGCGACGCGGCCACAGCGGGCCCGCAGGGCUUGCCCAAGGUUCCCGUGCCCCCCCUGAAGCAAACGCUGGACACCUACCUCAAGUGCGUCCGGCAUCUGGUAAAGGACGAGCAGUUCCGCAAGACCGAGGCCAUCGUGGAGAAGUUCGGAGCGCCCGGCGGCCUUGGCCAAGUUCUGCAGAAGAAGCUCCUGGAGAGGAGGGACAAGACGGAAAAUUGGGUGUAUGACUACUGGCUGGAGGACAUGUACCUGAGCAACAGGUUGGCCCUGCCGGUCAACUCCAGUCCCGCCAUGGUGUUUCCUAAGCAGACGUUUAAAGAUCAGAAGGAUGCUUUGAGAUAUGCUGCACGCCUCGUCGGAGGCGUGUUGGAGUACAAGGCCCUCAUUGAUACGCGGGCGCUCCCUGUAGAGUUCGCCCGAGGCCAGCUGGCCGGGACCCCUCUGUGCAUGAAGCAGUACUGCCGCCUGUUUACCUCGUACCGCUACCCGGGCCUUAAGACGGACGCGCUGGCGGUCCGCGCGAACGCGGCCUCCGCGGCAUCGGAGCACAUCAUCGUGGCGUGCAAGAACCAGUUUUUCGCACUGGAUGUCGUCACUGACAGCAAGCCGCUGAGCGAGGCGGAGAUCUUAUCCCAACUGGAGAAAACCGCGUCAAUGGCGGGGAACGCCCAAGAGAGGUUUCCGCCUUUCGGUCUCUUGACAUCGGAUGGCCGAACGGAAUGGGCACGAGCCCGGGACAUUCUGGCAAAAGAUCAAACCAACAUGGACUCUCUGGCCCUGAUAGAAAGCUGCCUGUGCGUGUUAUGUCUGGAUGAGGCCAGUGGGACCAAGGCCACGGACACCGAGCGGGCCCUGCUGAUGCUGCACGGCGGCGGGUGGGAAAAGAACGGCGCCAACCGCUGGUAUGACAAGUCAAUGCAGUUUGUCGUAGGAAUGGACGGAAUAUGCGGAGUGGUGUGCGAGCAUUCCGCCUUUGAGGGGGUCGUUCUGGUGCAAUGUUCAGAGCACCUGAUUAAACACAUAGCCGGGACCGCCACAGAGGCUGUGAAGCCAGCCAGUGGCCGAAAGCUUCCGGCCCCAAGAAGACUCCUAUGGAAAUGUAACGCCCAAAUCCAGGGACUCUUUGUGGGAUCCAGAGAGCGAAUGCAGAGGCUGGUGAAGAACCUGGACAUGGACGUUUUCACCUUCAAAGGUUACGGAAAAGAAUUUAUCAAGAAGCAAAAAAUGAGUCCGGACGCAUUUGUACAAGUGGCCCUCCAGCUUGCAUUUUUCAAGUGCAGCGGAAAGCUGGUUUCCACCUACGAGAGCGCCUCCAUCAGGCGUUUCCGGGACGGCCGGGUGGAUAACAUUCGCUCGGCAACUGUUGAAGCUUUGGCUUUUGUCAAGUCCAUGACGGACGAGAGGAGCCCUCACACGGAAACUGAAAAAAUGAAACGACUGAGGGAUGCACUAAGUGCCCAGACCAAUUACACAAUUGCAGCGAUUACAGGAAUGGCAAUCGACAAUCAUCUCCUGGGACUGCUGAAGAGCGCCAAGGAACUCAACAUGGAGCGUCCAGAGAUCUUUUGCGACGAAACGUACCUGGCUAGUAACCGAUUCAUCCUGUCCACCAGUCAGGUCCCAACCGCGGUGGAAAUGUUCUGUUGUUACGGUCCGGUGGUGCACAACGGCUACGGCGCCUGCUACAACCCACAGCCGGACCACAUCGUCUUCUGCGUGUCCAGUUUCUGGGAGAGCACGCAAACCAGCUCGGCUGUUUUUGUCAAAGCCCUGAACGAGGGCCUGCUGGAAAUCAGGGACCUGUGCGAUGCUUCCGCAACCGCCGCUGCCACCAAGAUGGCGGCCGGCGGCCAGGGAGGGUAGCAAGCCUCGCGGAUGGGGGACGUGGUUAUGUCACUCCUGUGAUGUCUAAAAAAACAAACAAAAAAAAAAAACAAACACAUUUUAGCCAUGUCAGGAUGGAUCUUUGUUUUCUGUGCAAUCGAGCUCAUUUCACCCCAAAAUGCAAAGCACGAACAUCACCACAGAAUGACAGUAUGUUUUUUUUUGACUGCUCGACUUGGCAGAUGAAGCAGUCGGCA